GCCCUGCCCUCUCCACCCUCCUUAGGUGGAGGUCAAUGUCCCCGCGGGAAGUGAAGGCUGGAUUGGCCGUCCGCCCUAGCAGAGGACCCGGGCCCCUGGGUCACGAGUGCUAGAGCCCUCGCCGCUGCCCCCGCGCUUGUCCCGGCGGAGCGAGGCUGGCGGGGCGGCCCAGGCACCGGGGGAAUGAGUCGGGCUGGGACGGCCACCCGCAAGCCGGAGACGCGCGGCUGGAGCGCCGAGCAGGGGCGAGUGUCGCGGGCUGUCCCCAGCGCAGUAAUAAUUGAUUGGCACUUCGCAUUAUUUUUUCAAUCUGGAGUGAGUGAAAUCAGAGGCCUUGUCGUGAAUCCUUCUUCUCUGUGAACUAACUUGCUACAUUUGAAGAAGCUAUCAUCAGGUCUAAAGCGACUAACUUCCAGGCAGUGCUGGAACCAUGAGCAAUAAUGGAACAGACUUGACCAUUGGUUACAUCUCCUCUGCCAUAGCUAUCCUUUUGUUUGGCUCCAACUUUGUGCCACUUAAAAAAUAUGAUACUGGUGAUGGAAUGUUUCUCCAGUGGGUACUUUGUGCUGCCAUCUGGUUGGUGGCCUUGGUGGUCAACCUGAUACUACAGUGCCCUAAGUUUUGGCCUUUUGCAAUGGUUGGAGGCUGCAUUUGGGCCACAGGGAACAUUACUGUCGUCCCAAUUAUCAAAACCAUUGGUUUAGGCCUUGGAAUCUUAAUCUGGGGAUCAUUUAACUCCUUGAUGGGCUGGGCAAGCUCAAGGUUUGGCUGGUUUGGACUGGAUCCAGAAGAAGUAUCAAAACCUCUGCUAAAUUACUUUGGCGCUGGGCUCUCAGUAGUAAGUACUUUCAUAUUUUUGUUCAUCAAAAGUGAACUACCAAGUAACACGUGCUCCAUGGACACCACACCGUUAAUGACAGAGAAUGUAAUCAAGGAAUCCCAAGAUCCCUGUUCCUGGGUGGAUAAACUUUCAAAAGUACACUACCGUCUGGUGGGCUGCAGUCUUGCAGUGAUAUCUGGAGUACUCUAUGGGUCAACAUUUGUGCCAAUCAUUUAUAUCAAGGACCACAGCAAAAGAAAUGACAGUGUGUACGCUGGGGCAAGCCAAUAUGAUUUAGACUACAUUUUUGCACACUUCAGCGGCAUCUUUCUUACAAGUACAGUUUACUUUCUAGCCUACUGUGUAGCCAUGAAAAAUAGUCCUAGACUAUAUCCUGAGGCAGUUUUACCAGGAUUCCUGUCCGGGAUACUCUGGGCCAUAGCUGCCUGCUGCUGGUUCAUAGCUAAUCACUCUCUAAGUGCUGUGGUCAGCUUUCCCAUAAUCACUGCCGGUCCAGGAUUAAUAGCUGCAUUGUGGGGUGUCUUCAUAUUUAAGGAAAUACAGGGUCUACGAAACUACCUAUUAAUGAUGCUUGCAUUUUGCAUCAUCUUGACUGGAGCCCUAUGCACCGCUUUUUCUAAACGCUAACCAUCACCAGACCAGCAGGUGGCAGCAGUGAUUAAGAGAAUACCUCUAUGGAACACCAGCGAAGCAAGCUCAGAACAGGGUUCAUUUUCCUAACAGCAAAUGGGUCUCAACCACUCUUGCAAUGGGCAAAUGAUUUUUUUCUCCCACAAAUGUGAGAAGAAAAACUGAGUUUCGGUCAAGAUAAAAUUGAAAAAUUCUGAGUGUUCAUGAAGGUAGGAUUUCUCUAAGUGACCAAAAGUUCUCCAUUGUAUUAAUAAUAACAGCGGUACGUCUGAGGGUGCUCUUUUUACCACAAUGCGUGCUUCACGUUGCAUAACCUAGAAAAACAGUAUGGAGUUUUUAUACAAAGAAUUGACAGUGCAAAUUUCUCAUUUAUGAUUCUCAUUAAUGAAGUGAAGCAGAAAAUACUUUAUAAGGGGGAGGGGGAAGAAAACUUACUUUAUAAUGGAAUUAAACUCCAAAGAUGUCUGGACCCUUUGCUAGAUAAAGUAAAUGUCACAACUGGUAACUGAAAAUUAAAAAACACAUUUCAUUAUUUAUAGAAAAAAACAUUUCUACUUUAAAUUAAUAUUGUGUCAUCACAUACCCAUUUUAGCUCAAAAUGCAUUUGAUUAUCUCUGGAUAAAAUCUAUCCUCAGAGAACAAAAAUAUGCCAAUUAAGAAUAUGUGCAUAGGGCGGCGCCUGUGGCUCAGUGAGUAGGGCACUGGCCCCAUAUACCAAGGGUGGAGGGUUCAAGCCCAACCCCAGCCAAACUGCAACAAAAAAAUAUACCAGGCGUUGUGGCAGGCGCCUGUAGUCCCAGCUACUCAGGAGGCUGAGGCAAGAGAAUCGCCUAAGCCCAGGAGUUGGAGGUUGCUGUGAGCCAUGUGAUGCCACAGCCCUCUACCCAGAGCAACAAAGUGAAACUGUCUCUACACACACACACACACACACACACACACAGAAUAUGUGCAUAAUACAAUGCAUUUACAAGUAUGCACACACACAAAUACACACGCACACAUAUGUAUUUGUAUGUUGUGUUCCAAAUGUGGGUGAAAUUCUAGAGAUGCUAAAGUGAGGUUCUUGCCGAUCUUAAUUUAAAGUGGCCAACACUCUCUUGAAAGUACUUUUUUUCUGAAAUAUAUUUUUCUAAAAUGCUUUUAACAGGAGGUUUUCCUGUUUUCUUUCUGUUUUCCCUGGUGUUUAAAGUAGGCAAAAGAAAAUGACAGACGUGCUGGUAAUAUGUCUUUAAGAAAACUAACUGGACAUGCUAGAAUAAUAGUAUUUAUGAGGAUGGUUUGGAAACUCUUUAAAUUACAGAACCCUUUUCAAAUGUAAAUUUCACCCUUCCCACCUAACAGCAGUCUGUGUUACUUCCUGUGCAGGAGAAACAAAACAGCGUUCUCCCUAAUUGCAUGGACUCUGAAGCCAGCGUACGGUGGGUUUAAAUCCCAUCUCGGCUUCAUCUUAGUUAUGUGACUCUGGACAAGAUCCUAAGCUCCUUGUAUCAGAUUCCUCAUCUGUAAAGUGGGGUAAAUGAUAGCACCUAUUUCAUAUGGUUAUCGUGUGGUUGAAAUUAAAAUCUGUAUGGUCCUGACUGUCCGGUACUUGGCAAACACUAUGUUAAUUAUUAUGCAUUUUCAAAGAAAACAAAAGUGUGGACUGGAGAAUGGAAAAUGCCACGGAAGAGCUACUACCCUCUACACCUUCCCAUGGAAACAAUUAUUUACUACUCUUCCGUAAGAAUGCUAUUUUAAAUUAUACUGGAGUUUCUGUGUAAUUAUUGAAUUGCUACUACAAAUAAAUAUUUGAUUGUAAAAUGAGUCAUUAAGUUAUGCUGAUAAACUUUGAAUAAAUUGCCAUGAUAUGAAAGCCAUUUGUCUCCUUUUAAUUGUAUUUUAGACUGAACGUAUUUUAUAUUGGAGAACUUUUAAUUAUUCUUCAGCUGAGAGUGCCAGUUUAUAUGAAAAUUUUAAAGGUGAAGUAAAGCAGUUACAGAAGAAAAACAAACAAAAAUCUAUUACAGCUACAUAGUUUCUGCUACCAGACAAGUCUAUUUCAAAAUGGUUAGCAAACAAGCAAAUUAUUUCUUAGAGAUUACUCCAAAUGGGCGAUUGCCAAAUACCCAUUUGUUUGCUAAUCUUAGGAAGUGAAUACCUAAUUCCCUUGAAGUUUUGAGGUUCUAUUUUUUCUUGUUUAAUAUGGCCAAAUUCUUGUGUUCAUUUAAUUUUUGUAGGUGUGGCUUUCUGUCUUACUUUAUCUGAAAUGACUCUACUGAAGAGAUUCUGCCACCUUGUGUACAGACAUAGCACUACAUUAGGUACACGAACAGCCUAAUAAGGCCAGCAUCCAGAUUGGGGGAAUUUUCUGUUAUAGGAACAUAAAAUCCUAAGAAGUCUUAAAGGAGUAAUAGCACACACAGCAUUUUCCCUGAGCUACCAAAUCUCCUUCUAGUCCUGUUGUACUGAUUUAUUUGUACUUUUACUAACUACUUGACCCAUACGUCUCAAUAUUGACAGAGUUGAAAAACGCAUUGAAUGACAAUGACAAGUUACAGAACUAUGUGCAUAAACAUGAUACCAUUUAGGUAAAUUUUUAGUAACCAAAACAAUAUAUAUAAUUCUAUCAAUACAUAUAUAUCAGACUCAUAAUAAUGAUUGUUUCUUGUGAAGGUGUAUGAGAUCAGAAGAAUGGCAAUAUUGGGUUCAGGGAUAACUUUAGCAUUAUCUGUAAUAUUCAAUUUUUUAUGAAUAUAUAUAUAUGUGUGUUCUUCCAUAUAUGUUAAAUAAUCAAUAGGAUGAAAGCUCCAAAGCAUAUAUUUAAAU